AUGGGUCUUCUUUCAAUUUUCAAUUUCAGGAAACAGCCUGCCACGAUUCCCACGGACACCAUUCUACCAGUACAUCGCUGGGACUUUAUGAGUGAUUCAACCCAUACUGUACCAAUUCUCACAUUUCGAUUCGAAGCCGUCUUGGACCCCGAGAGAUUAAAGUGGGCCUUCGCCCGUCUCGUCACUAUUAGCGAAUGGAGAAAGCUUGGAGCCCGCUUGAGAAAGAAUGCUUCAGGUAACCUAGAGUAUCAUGUACCGUCCCACUUUGACGAAGAACGUCCCGGGGUCCUGUUUUCCAGUUUCAAUCAUCAGAUGAAAUUGAGUGAACAUCCUCUAUCUCCUCAUCUUCCAGAGUCACAUAGAACUCCAUCACUUGCCAGCGACUCCUCCCGGGACUGUCUCCCUCUAGUUACUUCUACCCACAUGGGCCGAAAGCUAGACGACUGGCUGUACUCGGAUAUUCCGCUCGUUUCGGUGCAUGUGGUCACUUUUGAAGACAAGACUUUGGUUUCGGUGUCGUAUCCGCAUGUUUUGACAGAUGCACAGGGCUUUGGAACAAUUCUCAAGGGCUGGACUGCUGUCCUUCGAGGCCGAGAGGAUGAGGUGCCCGUUUUCCAAGGAUUCAGCACAGAUCCGCUCGCAUCUUUGGGUGAUAACGCGCCGCCAACAGACCUUUGCUAUAAGAAGCAAACUCUUUCUGUCAUUGGUGCGGUUGUAUUUGGUAUAAGGUAUGUAUACGGGCAACUCUUUCAUCCGUGCGACCAACGGAUAUUAGUUGUUCCAGAAGCCUACUUCGAUCAAAUUAGGGAGCAAGCCAUGGAGGAGCUUGCGAUGAGCAUGACUAAAGCCGAUCAGGCUGAGCAAGGUGCCCCUUUCUUGAGUCAUGGGGAUAUAGUUUUGGCGUGGUGGACGAAGAUGACGCUUCUGGCGCAUAAGGCUUCUGCCAAGCAAGUCGUCAGCAUCAUUAGUACAAUGGACGUUCGAACGAUCUUGACGGAUUACUUCGGUCCUGGCCCUGUUUCCUUCAUUGGCAACGCUGUUGUUCCGUUGUACACAGUUGCUGGUGUUGGUCCAACGAUUCAACGAGGUGUGACCUACCUGGCAAACGAGAUCCGCAAGUCCAUUUCAAUUCAGCGAUGCUCAGACCAUGUUGAAGCUACUGCGACGCAUAUCCACAAAAGCGGAAACUAUCCACUUGUCGGUAAUGCAUUCAUGCAGACUGUCUUUUGCUCAAAUUGGUACAAAGCACAAUAUUUUGAAAUGGACUUCUCUGGCGCACUUGCAACACCCGUCAAUGGCUCCCAAGAAAUACGAAAUAGAGGAAGGGCUUCCUGCAUUAUACCUAACAUGCUCAUGGGGAAUGGAUCACCGUUCAAUUUCACGGGAUUGUUUAUUGUUGGCAAGACUUGUGAUGGGUCUUGGAUUCUGCAGACUAUCAUGGAAAAAGGAGCAAUGAAAGCAUUUGAAAGCAGUUUAACCCAGCCUUCGGGCUGA